GGUUCAGUAGUAACAGAAAAUAUUUUAUAAAAACCACACGCGUCCUCCUACACACACACACACACACAAAAAAAAAAAAAAAAAAAAAGAGUGGCGGAAAAAAAUUAAAUACAAAUUCAUGACACCUAGCUGCUCAGUGGCAGAGUAACUUGAGCGAGUCGCAGUGACGGACGAAAUUUCGUUUUUUUAUUCAGUGGAUACCUAUAAUGCGUGACGAACCGGCAAUGUGCAUUUGGUGUUGGAAUAGUGCUGACGAAACAACGGAUCGGUAUUCCACCUGUACGAAAGAGCAGGAUCCCAUUGCUCUCGGGCCUCCGAACAAGAUGGCCACAGAAGAAGAGCUGACGGGUCCCAGUUAUGCUGGCCUAUCCAUGGAGACGGACCGCGGAAUACCGGGUCACAUCGGCAAGGAGAAACAAUUGCACAGUGCCACCGGCUACAAUAUAGUCAUUGACAGCGAAGGAAACGUCUACGGCACACGGGAGCCUUACAACCAAGAAGCUAUUCUACAAUUUCACUCGAGAGCACCAGGAGAAGUUCAAAUCAAAGGGAAAAAAACUGACAUGUACCUAGCAAUGAAUGAUAAAGGAAAAGUUUAUGCAGAGAGUGAUCCUGAAUCAGAAAAUACUUGGUUCAAAGAGGAAUACGAGGAUGGAUGGAAUUAUUACACUUGGCUUGGCAACCAAAAGGAUUGGUACUUAGGGAUCAAAAAGUCAGGGAAAAUGAAGCGUGGCCACAGGACAAGGCGAGACCAAAACGCUGUGAAGUUUGUGCCAAGGUCUGCAGAGCCUUCUUAUAACUAAGAGAUUGCAAGAACUCUCUCAUUGGUGUUUACUUUUAAAAUUUUCAUGUUUGUUAGAUUGAUGCAUCAGUGGAGAUCAAGCAAUAAGUGGAGUUUCUUGUCCUCUGUUUAAGAUUCUUUGGAAUUGCAGACUCUCUGUCACUGGAAUUUAGAUUCACAUUACUAUGAUAUUUAUAGAAAAAAGAAAGUCAAAUUUGCUUGAUAUGCCAAAUCCCAACUAAUCACCCCAUUGCCAAUACAACUACAUUUGCCACCAUCUUAUAUCUGGGCGUUGUAUUGGCAAAAAGGCUACAUGGAAUGCAAUGGUGAAGUCGUUGAUUCUAGAUUUCAGAUGAAGUUUACAUUAAGACAAUUGUUAGGCACAAUAGAAUGCUACAUGAACCCAUAAGGAUUACUUGAUGUUUUGGACAAUCAGAAUAUCGAUUAUAACUCGAGCCAUUCUUGAUAUCAGACUUUCGUUUAGUCACUUGAUUGCGAUUGGAAUUAAUUGCUUCCUUUUGCGCCCAAUAAAUGUCCUAAUGCAAAUGCAACUUUAACCUAGAAAAAAGCUUGGUCAGUAUUUUGUUAGGAAAUAUUAUUAAUAACAAAAAUAACUUAUAGAAAAUUAUGUCGAAAAAAUAAUUAGUUUCUUUUGAUUUCUUAGAUUUUUUUUAUUUCAAUUUCUUUCUGAAUUUCAAAAAAAAAGAAAAAGUUUAUUGCAGUAUAGAUAUGAGUUUCCUUGUUAGAAAUUACGUUUUUGAACCAAAGCUCAUUCGUCAGUUUUGGCUCGAAUUGAAUCCCAUUUCGUUCACUUUGUACAUGAGGCUUUUGGAGAUGAGUAUUUUAGUAAAUUGCAUGUUUUCAUUAUCAUUAGUCACCAUUUGAAUAUUUAUAACUUCAUUUUUGGCAUUUAAUGUUCAUAUUUUCUAUUUCUGUAUUAAAAAGAAUUAUUCAAAAUCUGGAAAACUUUCACCAUUAAUUUUGAUUAAUGCUUUUAAGGAAUUAAUCUUUUAUCAGAACGAGGUUUUAAUGAACAAUUUACAAUUAAAAAAACAUUUCUUCUAACUUCUGAAGGAUGAUAUGCAAUUCUCUAAAAUUUCUUACUUGCAUAUACUCUUUUUCAAUUUAGUACUUUAAUCAUGCUUAUUUGGAUUAAUUGUCGGGACCAUUAAAGUUAAGUUAUAAAUAAAGGAAUAGUUUUAAUUUAUAAAUGUUUAAAUGCUUAUAAUCAUGGCUAUAAACUAAAAAAAAUCCAACGUUAUGUUUUGGACUUUCAUUUUUUAGAACUAAUUGUUUAAUGUAUUGAAG